AUGUCAAACUAUCGUGUUAAAGAUAAUUUUGAAGAUUGUCUAUUUUCUUCGGAUGAAAAAUUCUAUUCAAGUAGAAAUGUUUGUCAAUCAAAUUUAAAUAAUCGAUUUAAAUGUUUGACAACAUCAGAUUGUAUUGAACGUCGAACAAUGUUAAGUGAUGAUAAAAAUAUUCAACAAUGUACAGAUAAAUCAAAUCAAUUAUAUUCAUUCUCAUGUAAACAUGAAAAUGAUUUAGGUUGUCAAUUUCUUCAGAAUACACUUGUUCUUGUUGAGUAUUAUUUUUUAUUUGAAGAACUAUGUAAUAGUGUUGUAAAUAUAAAUUUAAUUGAUGUAACAACAAACGAAACAGACGAAACGAAUUGUGAUGAAUAUAAACAGUUUUGUAAAGAGAGGAGAGGAGUUUUUUGUGAAAAUACCGGUCGAAGAUAUGAAAUCGAUUAUGAUUUAUCAUUUAAAAAUUUAGAUUAUUAUACUAAAUAUUGCCGAAAUAAAUAUCCAAAGGAUAAUAUAAUGAUAUACCGUUGUUCAAAUAGUACUGAAAGCAUUUGCGUUCAAUUAUCUGAUUUAUGUAAUUAUGAGUGUAGUUGUCCAAAUAGCGAGAAUGAAAUGUUUUGUCCUAAUCGUUCGACAACAACUUGUAUUCUUAAAAAAUUCAAUUGUGCUGUCCAUAGAGACUGUGGGUCUCGCGAUCGUAAUCAAGUUCCUGAUUAUGAGAUACGUAAUUUGUAUGGAGAAGGAUAUGAAUAUCAACGAUAUUGUGGAUUAUUUUUAAAAUUUAUUCCCUAUAGAGGAUUUAGCUUUGAAGAGCAUCAAUAUCCACCACGUGGUAUACUAUAUCACCAACAAAAUCAGCUGUCACUAACAUUAUCAUCAUCAUUUAUAUCAACGUUUCAUCAACAUCGAUCAGACACUUCCAGUUCAAGAAUAUCUAUGCUGUACUAUUGUAAUCGAGGUAUUUUUGUUUUUGGUGUUAAUGAAACUCAAAUUUGUCUUUGUCCGCCUUCUUAUUAUGGUGAUAAAUGUCAAUAUCAAAGUGAACGUUUAUCAGUUUAUUUAGGAGUUGAAACAACAAUAAAAUAUGAUACGAAUAUUUAUAAAUUACUUAUUCGCCUUCAAACAUCAACAAAUAUGUUUUAUGAUUAUAUAGAUUUUAUAAUUUUCAAUUAUUAUAAAUCAGACAGACAUAUUGUUUAUUUACUUACACCAAAUCUUUAUGAAUCUUACUCUGUUGUCAUUGAUAUAUUUCAAUUAACAACAACAAUAGUCGAAUAUCAUUCAUCAUUUUAUUAUGAUAUUCCAUUUCCAUUUUUACCUGUUCGUCGUUUAGCUACAAAAAUAAUAAUCAAAGAUGAAAAAUCUUCUAAUACGUGUGUUAAUAAAUGUUCAUUACAUGGUCGCUGUUUGUUUUAUGAAAAUAAUAAAAAUCAAUUUUGUUUUUGUAAUGAAGGUUGGACUGGUGAAUUGUGUGAUAAAAAAUUAAAUGUCAGUUGGGGUUCGCUAUGUCAAAAUGUAAAGAAAUAUAAAGAAAUAUUUGUUGGUAUUAAAGAUGAAUGGAAUAAUAGAAUAAUAAAUAAAAUUCCAUUAAUGCUUGUUUAUUUUGCAAGUAAUGAAAAGUUGAUUGUUUCAAUUACUGUUGAUGAAUGGUAUCUCUAUAAAGACGUUCAUUUAAAUAUGCUUAAGAAAGUUACAUAUAAGAGUGUGCCAAAGUUUGUAUUUGUUCAAACCUACUUUGAUACACAAUAUGAUACAUUUUAUGGUAGUUAUUAUUUAGUUGCCUACCUACCUUCUGAUUUGCCUAAGUCACUAACGACAAAUAUACUUGGAUCUAAUCGUUGUCCUUACGUUGGUGAAUUACUAAAAAAUAAAACAAUCAUGUCUUAUCCUUAUUUAAAACGUAUUAAAUUUUAUUAUCGACCUUGUCUUGUUUUGGGUACACAUUGUUUUUAUGAUGAACGAUACAUGUGUUUAUGUAAUAAUGAAGCAUUUUUUGAUUGUUUCUAUUUCAAUCAUUCUGCAAGUAAUUGUACACAUUUAAAAUAUUGUUUAAAUGGUGGUUAUUGUCUACAAGCAACAAAAGAAAAAGAUUUUGGCUGUGUUUGUCCUAAAUGCUAUUUUAGAUCAUUCACAUAUUAUGUCAUUAUAAAGAGAAAGCACAAGCAAAAGUUGCCACGGCAUCACGAAUGA